CUCUAACAGUCUCAAGUCUCUUCUCCUCCUCGGGCCUGGUACCUGUUGCAGGUACCUUCCGGGUCAGCAGACGGUGGGCGUUCCCCACCCCUCCCCAGGGAAGGGCAGUGGGCCCCAUCCCAAGCCUCCCAACCCAGGACUUCCAUUUCUGGCAGUGGAGAAAUGAGACGGGGAGCAGGCCUGGUCCAGCUCUGGCUCUCUGCCUCUCCGCGUGCUCACGGCCUCUCCCAGCCUGGUGCUAAGCAGUGUCAUGAGUCUGGACCAGGUGGGAGAUUAACUCUUGGGUGUGGGAGCACUUCCGGGCAGGGAGGGGGCGGACUGACAGGUCCAAGGUUACCAACAGAGGGGGGCAGCUGCCAUCCUGGACAGAUACCCUCGUCUUAAGAAUCCAUGACAGAGGGAGCCAGGAAGCCCCACUAGAGAGGACCGAGCCCGGGGGGAGCUGGGCGCUGCUGGCUGGUGCCAAGUCCCGGCUUCAGCCCGCAGGCCCGGCUCCCCUGGCUCCUCCUCCCGCACCCCCGCCAGCCCCACGUGCACUUAAUACUUCUGGCACCCAGUCCGCCCGCCACGGACUUUGGCCUUGGCUGUAGCUAGUGUGGGAGCCUGGGAGGACCUGGACCACAAGUGUCUCAGGCAAAACCAAAGGAGCAGCUUCAGGUGCCGUAGUAGCUGCCAGCAGCUUUCCCCCGAGGAGGGCUCCGCUGGCUAAGAGCUAAGAGGUGACAACAGACAAGACCCCUCUGCUCCCAUGCAGCCGGUCUGCGCACAGGACCAGCUCGCCUUUCAGUUCAGCUGCCCACAGACACAGGGUCUGCCCAGACCUUCACUUCACUUAGAACCACAGUUUGUCUGCAGGUUAUCUGCCAAGCAGGUCACCGGGGCCCCGGCCAUGUGGCUGCCUCUGCUGCUGGCGGUCCUGCUCUGGGCUGUGCUGUGGUUGCUCAGGGACCGGCAGUGCCUGCCGGCCAGCGACGCUUUCAUCUUCAUCACCGGCUGUGACUCGGGCUUCGGGCGGCUCCUUGCUCUGAGGCUGGACCAGAGAGGCUUCCGAGUCCUGGCCAGCUGCCUGACACCCUCGGGGGCGGAGGACCUCCAGCGGGUCGCCUCCUCCCGCCUCCACACCACCCUGCUGGAUGUCACAGAUCCCCAGAGCAUCCGGCAGGCAGCCAAGUGGGUGGAAACGCACGUUGGGGAAGCAGGGCUUUUUGGUCUGGUGAAUAACGCUGGUGUGGCUGGCAUCAUUGGGCCCACCCCAUGGCAGACGCGGGAGGACUUCCAGCGGGUGCUGAAUGUGAACACGCUGGGCCCCAUUGGGGUCACCUUCGCCCUGCUGCCCCUGCUGCUGCGGGCCCGGGGCCGAGUGGUCAACAUCAGCAGCGUCCUGGGCCGCCUGGCCGCCAAUGGAGGGGGCUACUGCGUCUCAAAAUUUGGCCUGGAGGCCUUCUCUGACAGCCUGAGGCGAGACGUGGCUCCUUUCGGGGUGCGGGUCUCUAUCGUGGAACCUGGCUUCUUCCGAACCCCUGUGACAAACCUGGACACUUUGGAGGCCACCCUGCAGGCCUGCUGGGCACGGCUACCUCCAGCCACACAGGCCCUCUACGGGGAGGCCUUCCUCCCCAAAUACCUGAGCGUGCAGCAGCGGAUCAUGAACAUGAUUUGUGACCCGGACCUGGCCAAGGUGAGCAGGUGCGUGGAGCAUGCCCUAACUGCCCGUCACCCCAGAACCCGCUACAGCCCAGGCUGGGAUGCCAAGCUGCUCUGGUUGCCAGCCUCCUACUUGCCAGCCAGCCUGGUGGAUGUUGUGCUCACCUGGGUCCUUCCCAAGCCCGCCCAGACAGUCUACUAAAUCCAGCACUCCAGCAGGAGAUGGUUGUUCAAGGCAAGGACUCUCAUUUAUUCUGUCUCCCACCCUGGUACUGCCUGGUGCCUGGCAUAUAACAGUCACUCAAUAAAUGUGUAUUAUUCAAAACAAAAGCACUGUGGGAGGGCAGAAGUGAAGGUGCACAGUGGGGUUCAGUCCAGUCGCUCAGUCGUGUCCAGCUCCUUGCGAC